AUGGCCUUUCAGGGCUCUGAAGUACUGGAAGAACAGCUCGAGGAGCCGGAAGAUACUCUGAGAGUGUCUCCGGCGGAGGAGAUGCCCGUCGAUGGGCCUCCGGCGGUAGAGGAGCCGCUACUGCUGCCGUGGGACCGCUUCUCCUCCUGGCUACACUGCAUCUGUGUGGUCGGCUUCGAUCUGGAGCUCGGUCAAGCUGUGGAGGUGAUUUACCCACACCACUCCAAACUCACUGAAAAAGAGAAAACAAGUAUAUGCUAUCUGUCAUUCCCCGACUCCAAUUCAGGUUGUCUCGGGGACACACAGUUCUGCUUCCGUUUCCGGCAGGCCGCAGACAGGAAGUCGUCACUCGGAUGUUUCCUCGACCACUUCGACCGGGAUGCACCGGUCUGUCUCAAGAGAGAUCAGGGCUAUUACUACGGGUAUGUGUACUUCAGACAGGUGCGAGACAAGUCGCUCAAGAGAGGCUACUUUCAGAAGUCUCUGGUCCUCAUCAGCAAGCUGCCCUACGUGACCUUUUUCCACUCUUUGCUGAAGCUGAUUGCCCCAGAAUACUUUGAGAAACAGGAGCCGUGUUUAGAGGCCGCAUGUAAUGACAUUGACCGCUGGCCCACGCCGUGUCCGGGGAAGAUCCUCACGCUCCCCAUCAUGGGUGUGGUCAUGAAGCUGCGCAUCCCCACGUGUUACGACAAGCCUGGAACGUCUCAGCUCGUCCAGUCCGCGCCGAGCGACAGUCUGGUGUCCAUUAUUCUGCCCACCGUCCAUGAAGUGGAUCUCUUCAGGUGUUUCCAUCCAGUGUUUUUUCAUAUUCAGAUGUUAUGGGAGCUGGUGUUGCUCGGUGAAGCGUUGGUGGUUAUGGCUCCUUCACCGGCAGAAUCUUCAGACACUGUGUUGGCACUGGUCAGCUGUAUCUCUCCUCUGCGCUACAGCAGUGAUUUCCGGCCGUACUUCACCAUUCACGACAGUGAGUUUAAGGAAUACACCACUCGAACACAAGCUCCGCCUUCGGUCAUCCUGGGAGUUACAAACCCAUUUUUUGCCAAAACUCUCCAGCACUGGCCUCACAUCAUCCGGAUCGGAGACAUGAAGCAAGCAGGUGAGAUGGCCAAACAAAUGAAAGUGAAGAAGCUAAAAAAUCUGAAGACUUUGGACUCAAAACCUGGUGUCUACACUGCAUAUAAACCCUUCCUGAACAAAGACGAGGACAUUAUCAAGCAGCUGCAGAAGGGAGUCCAGCAGAAGCGCCCCUCAGCGGCCCAGAAUGCAAUUCUGCGUCGAUAUUUCCUGGAGCUCACGCAGAGUUUCAUCAUACCACUGGAGCGUUAUGUGGCCAGUCUGAUGCCUUUACAGAAGAGCAUCUCUCCCUGGAAAAAUCCCCCGCAGCUGCGGCCGUUCAGCCAGGAGGAGUUUAUGAAGACGCUGGAGAAGGCCGGACCUCAGCUCACCUCACGACUCAAAGGAGACUGGAUCGGCCUCUACAGGCAAUUCCUGAGGUCUCCGAACUUCGACGGCUGGUUCAGGAACCGCAGGAAGGAGAUGAUGCAGAAGCUGGAAGCUCUUCAUCUGGAGGCGCUGUGUGAGGAAGACCUGCAGCUGCGGAUACAGAAACACACCGAGGUGGAGACGGUCGACCUGGUGCUCAAACUCAAGGAGAAACUGACUCAGGCCGAGAAAGAUCAGCUUCCUGUCAAGCCAGGAACUCUACCCAAACUGCAGGCCCAUAUCGAGAGCAUCAUCCUGUCUCUUCCAGAGGACCUGCAGGGCAUCUUACACAAACCUCCGAGCCCCUGACCCCCAGCGCGCUCUGACAGACCAGAGCAGAGCGUUUGCUAAAUCUGCUACCCUUGAACAGACAAUGCUGGCAUUGCCAAACCGCACAGGAAGUGACUGUGCCCGAACGUGAGAGGUGUGAAUGAUGGCAGAAUGACAGACGCAUGUCGAGGACACAUUCUGAGUCUUUAUGCUGUACGUCUCACCGUGUGAGAUUAACCCUUCCCUUUGCUUUUAAACAUGAAGAUGCUGUCAGGGACGAGAGAGCCGGGUCUGAAUGGAGAUCAGUGAACGUCUGGAGGAAGAACUUCAGAUCUGCUUCAUAAGUCAAGAACAUGCCCAGGUCAUGUUUCACCCCAAAAUUAGGACCUUUUAUUUUGCCUAAAGAAAAUGAAGCCUCUUUGAAGCCUGUUAUAUAUAUUAACACAGUGGCAUUGUUUUGGUUAUAAUCAGGAUUUUAUCCUGUGUUUGUGUGUGUGUGUGUGUGUGUGUACAUACAUACGUACGUGUGUGAGAAUGACAUAUUGAAGUAUAAAUUUGUGAAAUAUUAUUUCAGUAAUUAUGCCUUUUUUAAAUCAAGUUAUGAAGCCGUAAUGAGAACUGUCAUGGAAAAUAAUAAUAAGUAUUAUAAAAAAAUAAUUGGUAAAUACUUCAGUAUUUUUCUUUCUUUAAAUCAAGUUAUAAUGCAAUGAUACAGAGAAGAAGAAAAUGGGCUUUUAUUUAUACAAUAUAUUUUUUCAAUUAUAUUUUGGGGUGAAGCAUUCCCUGGAAAUGUUUUGGUGAUGUUUUGAAUGAUGUUCACUGAUGUAAUAUUGCAAUAACAGGUCUGUUUUACAGAGACCCACACUACUAACCUAGAACUGAUGAUGAAGAGACACUAGUCUGAAUAGAUUUCAUCUUCACGAGCUCAAUAAGCACAUUAUCACUGGUGUCUGGCAUUAAUUAACUCUCAUAAUGAAGAUAAACCCAGCAAAGACCAGUGCAGUUUUAUAUGUGUAUUUAUUUGUCUUUUAGUUCAUAAACUGACUAACCAAACCACAAAAGGGAAAAUAGGCGUUGUCUUUUCCUUUUCUUUCCACCUUCACUGACCUGACCUGACAGAACUAGUCUAGUUAUUUUAUCAUCAUCAUCAUCAGCGUCAAUGCACUGAGAUUGUGGUCUUCCUUCGGUUCCCAUGUCAUAUACUCAUCGUCGUUCAGAAAACAACACUGUACUGUGUGCUUCCACACAUAUAGUCUUCAAACACACUCGCUUGAGCUAUAGAGGUGAAAAUGGUUUGUUUUGCAGUUUCUCGUGCCUUUCGUUUUCUGAUUGGUUUGAUUUGAAUGGCUUUGCAUCUCUUUUAGGACCAAGAGUGUAGUUUUGCAAUGCUUUACUGUCACGUGACGGGAUGAAAUGCAUUUUAAAUGAUUUUGUUUGACCUUGAGAAAGAGCUUGAUGCACUUUAUCUGUCGCGUGUCAUGAGCAAGAAAACAAUAUUCUUGAUGUUUCUAUUCAAAUUGUGCAUAGCCAUGGCUCAUAAAAACCCAUUUUUUCUUUGGCUUGUGCAUCACAACUGGUCAUAUUCCGUGAAGUAAAUGCAUGGUGGAUAUUUUAGAUGGAAAUGCAACCUUUCUGUUGAUGCCUUGAGCUUGAAAGACAAAGCGGUGAGCGACCAAAGACCGUCACACUAUCUGAUCCAUAUGAAUGCUUUAUUAUAGAGGAUGCUGGCUCUGUUUUGUCACACCAGAGAAUCAUGGGACGCGUUUUGGAUGUAGUUUCUUUCAUGCACAUGGUGCAAACCUGUGAAAACUGGUUGUUGGACAACCACUGGUGUUUUAUAUUUGAAGAACAAACCUAUUUUAACAUGCUUGAAUUUUAUAGAGGUAUAUUCUAAUAGAAGAAUAACGAAUAGCUUUUGACACGAUGCCUGUUUGUUAUACUGACGGAUAUUUUGUAACAUCUGUAUUUUUGAUCUGCUCAUUUGUAAUCGGUAGUUACUGUACCGGAUGUUUUAUUUGAUGCCAUGGUGAUUAUUAUAGAAUUAUAUGAAUGGAAAAGGAAGAUUUUUGUAAAAGCAACCAUGUACACCGAGAUGUUCCAGCAUAAAAAAUAUUUUUCUAUCACACCAUUAACCACUAAUGUUUUUUUCACCUGUAACCAUAUGACGCACAGUAGCUUUUCAAUAGAAUUUAUUUCAUUGUUCUGUAACCGUCAUGAAGGACAAGUAUAUUUUUUUCCAGGUGUAAAUAAAUGUCAAUAAUGAG